UAAAUGUGAGGCAUCCACUGGGCAGUACUUUGCACAACUUGUUGUGAAUGAAGUACUGGAGACCAUGAAACUGGAUGUGAGGCAGUGUAUUGGAAAUUCCACCGAUGGGGCCUCCAAUAUGCAAGGCCAAUAUAAAGGCUUCUCUGCACUGCUCGCCAAAAUGUCCCCCACCCAUGUCCAUGUAUGGUGCUACGCACACGUCCUGAACCUCGUCCUGGCAGACACAACACAAUGUGUAUUGGCAAGUGGGUCUCUUUUUUCCCUGUUGAACAACAUCGCUGUCUUCAUCAGAGAGUCCUACCAGAGGAUGAACAUCUGGGAGAAGGAGAGCAAAGACCCAAGACACAGACGUCUCGCCCCGAUUGGAGAGACACGCUGGUGGUCCAAAGACGUUGCUGUGACUAAGGUAUUUGGCUCUUUUGGAAAGCCAGAUAAUGCCCUGUAUGUUGAUGUCCUUCAUACCCUCUCCGCCAUUCAACAUGGACAGACCAUCAACGCCACUGCACGGGUCAAUGCACGUGGAUACAUCACCCAGCUUCUGAGGUAUGAAACAAUACUUACAGCUCAGAUCUUCCUGAGAAUUUUCCAGGUCACCUCACCAGUCUCAAAAUACCUUCAGAAAAGUGGAAUGGACAUCCUGACAGCUCAUCGGAUGAUUGUGGCUGCAGAAACACAGCUGAAAGAUAUGACCAGAGACUUCGAGAAAGUCAAGACGGCGGCCGCCACAUUCAUCCAGUGGGCCAACAAUCAAACAGAGGAGCAGAGUGAGGAGACUGAGCUGGAGGUUGAGGCCGCUCUGCCACAGAAACGGGGUAGAAAGAAGAAAACCAUGCCUGCAGAGAUGUCCAAGGAUGAGGCUGUGACUGAUGCUGAAACAUCAUACAAGAUUGAUGUCCAUAAUCAAAUCAUGGACACAGUCACAGGAAGCAUGACCCAGCGCUUCCUCAAAAAUGGCACUUUGUAUGCUGAUUUGGCACUUCUGGACCCAAAAAGAUUCAGCCAGGUAACAUCUUAUGCCGGUGGUUUCCCAGAGGCAGCACUCCAAGAAUUAAGCAAGUGCUUGCUGCCAUUUGAUGACAGAGCAACGGUGGCCAAAUUACAGAGUGAGCUCAUCAGUCUGGCAGGACAGUGGAAUAGGUUGAAGACAUCUGUAUUUGAGGAAUACACAACCAAGACAACAGAGGCUGGGCCAGAGGAUGCUGAAGAUGAAGCGGAGAUGGUAUAUAGAAAGUGCUCAUCUUGCAAGGACUGCCCAUUGUGUUGCUACCGUAUCCUUAAGCAGUACAACCUCCUGACAGAUGCAUACCACAUCAUUGGCCUUGCAUACAGGUUCCUGCUUACCCUGUCUGUCACACAGGUAGCAUGCGAGCGAAGCUUUUCAACACUAAAAUUCAUCAAAAACAGGCUCAGGAGCUCGCUCUCUCAACAGAACCUGGAGUCCUUUAUGCUCAUGGCUACUCAACCAGAUGUUUUGAAGAUGCUGGAUAGUGACCAAAUUAUAGAUGGUGUUGCAGAGAAAAGUGAGCUGCUGCAGAAACUACUAAUUCAGUGAGGCCACCCUAUUUUUUCCAGAGGGGACUGACAUCUACAACCUUGCUCCCAAUGUCAAAAUCAACCACUUCAACCCAGCCUCCUCCUUUUACAAGCAACACAUGGAUGAGCUCACUUAUAGACCCAAAAGGGUAGAGAGGGAAGUAUUGACAGGGCUUAUUGUUUAUAAGUAUGUUGCCCUGCCCUCUAGUGUUUUUUGUUGUUGUGUAUGUGUAUACAGUAUUGUAGCGAGCCCUGGGUUCAGAGGGAG